AAAAUUCUUUUGUGUAUUACAUAUACGCCCGUUCAGUAUGUAUGCUCGGGCUACAUAACAAAGUUGGGAGAAAUUUGGAACGAAAUUGUAUAAGAUACUAUUCUAACAGUGGAUGCCAAAGUGAAUGCAAAUAAAGUAGUACAUCCGAAUAUCGUUUUAUAAAUUCGAUGUAAAUAAAGUAACAUUUAAUAUAAUUAUGAUACAUUACACUUGACAAUGCAAUAAACUAUUUACAAUUCAUUGUUUGAAAGUAAAAUGGCAGAUGACAAAAAUGAGGACACAAAAGAAGAUAAAUCCAGGGAAAAUAAAGAUCGGUCAAAAAUGACAGCUGCAGAGGAACGCUCAGAAUAUUUCAAGGAGUUGGAAAAAUGGUUAUACGAAGCAUAUGCGUGGCAAAGUGUGGCCACAAUGAUCUCCUACUAUCUGAUGUCUGGUCAAAUAGUAAAUCCAGCAACCGGUAUUCCACCAUUCACGUCCCAGACACCAAACGUAGCAAGUACACAAAGAUUAAUAAUUGGCACAAAUGAUCAACAGAACGAUCCACUAAGACAAAGAAGGACGCAAGAUCCUAUAGGACCUCCAUUCCAACCUCCUGGAGCUGAAGGUUUUGAAUAUCGUAUAGCACCAAGAUGGAAACGAUUUGUUGCAGAAUUUAUAGAUUUAACAAUGUUGUUUCUCUUGAAGCUUUUUAUUGCUUUUAUUGCAGUUGAUGUUUUUGAUUUAAUAGAUAUAGACGAUUUACUAAUAAAGUUGCAAAUUGAUUAUCAAAUAACUUUAGAUAUGACAUAUGGAGUGCUAGUAUUGAAAAUGGUACAUCGCGUGAUUGUGUGCAUCCUUGAGGCAUUCUGGCUCCAGUAUGGUGUAAAUGGCCGCAUAGGUGGCGCAACGCCCGGAAAAUUUAUGAUGGGAUUACGGGUUGUUCAGUGUCGUAAUGUUACGCCUCUAGAUCGACUUAAUGACUCUGACGUUGUACUUGUAUCGCCAGGAACCGAUUUAGGCUUACUGCUCGCACUCGAACGAUCAGUAAUGAAACACAUGUUGUCAACAUUUUUCUUCCCGCUAUACUUUGGUGUAGUUUUCUUAAGAUUUAACAGAACCUUUUACGAUGUUCUAAGUAACUCUAUUGUGGUCGAAGAUCAGCAGUAAUUAAUAUGCUCCAAAAGAAUCAGAGAAACAUAAAAUAUAUCUAACUUGUAUAUGCUGUAUGAGUGCGCGGGUGAACGUAACAUGUACAUAAGUGUAAAAAUCGAAGAUAGCAAUGUUGAGAAGUAUUUUUUUAAAGUAAAAGACGAUUUGUAUGUGUACUGAUGUAAUGUAAGAAAAUACGUAAUAUCUCGGAAACAGAUAUUUACAAGCUAUUGAAGGAAAGAUACUUAAUUGCUUUAAUAUCUGCACAAAUUGUACAGAUUUCAACUACUGCAGUUAUU